ACUACUUCCGGUUGAAUCCAGACGAAAACAUCAAGAAGCGUUUUUGAUCCGUGCUGAGGACGGAGCAGUAAAAGACUCCAGUGUUUAGUUUAUAAAGAAAUAUCGACAUCACGAACUGCUGGAUGUGGUUUGAAAAGCUGAAACUAAACUACAAAGAGCAGAUACAGGCCGGGGGACAACUGAGGAGGAUGGACCUCAUACGGAACUUUGGUUUGAAAAUCAAAGAGGAAGUUGUUUUAAAGGAGGAGGAGGACUCAGACUGUCUGAUUCAUCAAGCUUCACCUUCAGAUGUUAAGAAAGUUGUUAAAGAGGAGCAGCAGCAGAGGGGACACAGUCUGGACCAGGACCAGGAGGAUCCAGAGCCCCCACACGUGAAAGGGAAACAGGAGGAACCUUGGAGCAGUCAGGAGGGAGAGCAGCUUCUUCAUGUCCCUGUGAAGAAUGAAGAAGAUGAAGAGAAACCUCAGUCCUCACAGCUUCAUCAAACACAAAUUGAAGAGAUGGGAACAGAAUCUGGUGAAGAGGACUGUGGAGGACCAGAACCAGACAGGAACUUGAAUCCAGAUGACCAGACUGGAGACUCUUCUGAACCUGAGACUGAUGAUAGUGCUGAUUGGAAGGAGACCAAAGACCUUCAGUCAGGUUUAAACUCUGGGGAAACAGAUGGUGGUUCUGUCAGAGAUUCCAGAUUUAGUGCUGGUGAAAAACCAUUUAGCUGCUCUGAGUGUGGGAAGAGAUUUCGGUUCAAGAACCAUCUGAAGAGACACAUGGUUUCUCAUACAGGAAAGGAACAUUUCGGCUGCUCAUUUUGUGAGAAGUCAUUCACACGGAUUGGAAAUUUAGAGAUACACAUGAGAAAACACACAGGAGAGAAACCGUUCAGCUGCUCCGAGUGUGGAAAAAUAUUUAGCAUCAAGGGAAAUCUAUUGAGACACAUGAGACUUCACACAAGAGAGAAACCUCACAGUUGCUCAGUUUGUCAGAAAACUUUUGCAUGUAGGAGACAGUUACUGAAACACAUGAGAAUCCACACAGGAGAGAAACCUUUCAGCUGCUCUGAGUGUGGGAAAAGAUUUGACCAAAAUAGAUAUCUUAAGAGACACAUGUUCACGCAUACAGAGAUAAAAAGUGGUUGUUCUAUUUGUGGUAAAAGAUUAAUAGAUAAUGUAGAUCAGGCCGAGGACACAGGAGAGAAACGAUUCAGCUGUAGAGAAUGUGACAAAAUGUUAGCUUGCUCGGAGUGCGGUAAAAGAUUUAGCUGUGCGUCACUUCUGAAGAGACACACAAGGAUUCACACAGGAGAGAAACCGUUCAGCUGCUCAGUUUGUGGUAAGAGUUUUACACAGGAAGGCCAGCUGACACGACACAAGCUCAUCCACACAGAAAUAAAACAAUUCAACUGCUGCCUUUGUAACAAAAUGUUCAAAUGGCCUCACCAGGUCAAGAGACAUAAAUGUGUUGGCGCUCAGUCCUCACAGCUUCAAGACACUCAGACUGAGGAGAGCAGAGAGGCAGAAUCUCCAGCCAGCAGCUCAAGUGAACAGACGGACACAGAAGCUGAUGGAGAGGACUGUGGAGGACCAGAACCAGACAGGAACUCUGAUCCAGAUCUACAUUUACAGCCUGAUCCUGAUGACAAGCACAGUGAUGACAGUGACUUUUGGAAAGAGACCAGGCAGCAUCAGUCAGGUUUCACUUACUGGAGAAAUAAAAAGAUCUCUGGAAACGAAGGAUUUAAUACUGAAGACAAGAAACCAUCCAGCUGCUCUGAUGACGAGGCUGAAACAGAACCAAAGACUGAGGACAGUGUUGAUGGUGAUAUCUGCAGACAGCUUCAGUCAGGUCCAAACCAUCUGAACACUGAGGACGUAUCUGUCAGUGAAACAGGAAGUAACACUCACAAGACGCCACUCAGCUCCUCUGAGUGUCAUCAAAGACCUGAAGAGAGUCACAAGAGUCCUCCCACUGGAGAGAAACCGUUAACUUGCUCAGUUUGUGGGAAAGGAUUUGCCACCGGAGGAUUUCUGUCGAGACACAUAUCUGUCCAUACAGGAGAGAAACCACUUGGCUGCGUUGUUUGUGAGAGAAGAUUCCCUCUGGAGUCCAAUCUCUUAAGCCACAAAUGUUCUCCUGCAUCUUUACAGCUUCAUAAACCCAACAAACUGUUCAGCAGCUCUGUGAGGCACCAGCUGCAGGUUCCCAAAAGAGUUCACACAAGACUGAAACAACUUAGUCGCUCCAUGAGUUAUAAAACAAUUUCCUUGCCAGACAACUCAAAUUCUCACAUGAUCGAGGAACCUCUCCACUGCUCCGUGUGUAACGUAGGCUUCAGUGACACUGAGGCUUUAGUUCAACACAUGAGGAUCCACACGGGACAAACUCAGUUUAGGUGUUCAAUUUGUGGUGAAGAAUUUGCAUGGAGACGAUAUCUGACCAAACAUAUGGAGGUCCACAUGAAGAAGAAAUACUACUGCUGCAGUCUUUGUGACAAAACAUUCUAUCGUCAUUUUCAGCUAAUAAGACACAAGGCUUUCUGUCGUCAGUCCUCACAGCUUCAUCAGAGUCAAACUGAGAAGAGCAGAGAGACAGAGCCUCCAGCCAGCAGCUCAGCUCAACACAUGGAAACAGAAGCUGGUGGAGAGGACUGUGGAGGACCAGAACCAGACAGGAACUCUGAUCCAGAUCCACAUUUACAACCUGAUACUGACAACGAGCCUGCAGACUCUUCUGAACCUGAGACUGAUGGCAGUGGUGAUUGGAAGGAGACCAGAGAACCUCAGUCAGGUUUGGAGUCUUUGGAGAAAAAAGACGACAGCCCUGACAGUGCUGGUGAGAAACCCCGUAGCUGCUCUGAGUGUGGGAAAAGUUUUUCCAGCAAGACUGGUCUAAAGAGACACAUGAUGACUCACACCGGAGAAAAACCAUUUAGCUGCUCUGAGUGUGGGAAAAGAUUUAUCCUCAAAGAAAGCCUGAAGAGACACAUGAGAAUGCACACAGGAGAGAAACCGUUCAGCUGCUCAGUUUGUAAGAAGUCUUUUAGACUGAGUGGCUGUUUACAGAGACACAUGCACGUCCACACAGGAGAGCAACCCUUCAGCUGCUCUGAGUGCGGGAGAAGUUUUGUCAGCAAGACGGAUCUGAAGAGACACAUCAUAACUCACACAGACGUCCAUCAGCUCUCAGUGGUUAAAGAGGAGGUUCCCUCUGAGCAGCAAGAGCAGAGCUACAGGCUGGACCAGGAGGAGCCAGAGCCCCCACACAUUAAAGAGGAACAGGAGGAACCUCGGACCAGCCAGGAGGGAGAGCAGCUUCAGGGGCUGGAGGAGGCUGAUAUCACCAAGUUCACAUUCAGUCCGGUCCCUGUGAAGAGUGAAGAAGAUGAAGAGAAACCUCAGUCCUCACAGCUUCAUCAAACACAAACUGAACACAUGGAAACAGAAGCUGAUGGAGAGGACUGUGGAGGACCAGAACCAGACAGGAACUCUGAUCCAUAUUCACAUUUACAACCUGAUAAUGACAACGAGCCUGCCGACUCUUCUGAACCUGAGACUGAUGACAGUGCUGAUUGGAAGGAGACCAGAGAUCCUCAUUCAGGUUUAAACUCUUUCAAGAAUGUUGAAGGUUCUGUCAAGGAUGUGAGACGUAGUGCUGGUGAGAAACCAUUUAGCUGCUCUGAGUGUGGGAAAAGAUUUGGCCUCAGGACAAAUCUUAAGAGACACAUGAAAACUCAUACAGGAGAGAAACCUUUCAGUUGUUUAGUGUGUGAGAAAUCUUUUGCGGAGAAUAGACAUUUACAGAGACAUAUGAGAAUCCACACUGGAGAGAAACCAUUCAGCUGCUCUGAGUGUGGGAAACAAUUUGGCUCAAGUGAACAGCUGAAGAGACACACUGUGACUCAUACAGGAGAGAAACCUUUCAGUUGUUCAGUUUGUAAGAAAUCUUUUGCACAUAAUGGAAGUUUACGAACACACUUGAGGAUCCACACAGGAGAGAGACCUUUCAGCUGCUCUGAGUGUGGGAAACUAUAUGGCCACAAGAAAACUCUGAAGAGACACAUGACAACUCAUACAGGAGAGGAACCAUUUGGUUGUUCUGUUUGUGGUAAAAGAUUUACAGUUAAGUCAAAUCUGACCCAACACAUGGUCGUCCACACGGGAGAGAAACGAUUCAGCUGCGGUGUUUGUGGCAAAAGAUUCAUUCGAUAUUAUCAGCUCCAAAUCCAUAGUCCAUGUGUUGGUCAUCAGUCCUUUUAUGUUGAUCAUUCAGGUUCAAACACUGAAAUUAAUACUGAAGUACCGGUAAGUGGUAUGACAGAUAUUACUGAUGACAAACCGGUAUGUUGCUUGGUGUGUGGGAAAAGAUUUGGCUUCAAGGCACAUCUGAGGGCACAUUUAAGGAUUCACACAGGAGAGAAACCAUUCAGCUGCUCAGUUUGUGACAAAAGUUUUACACAGAAAGGCCAGCUGACACGACACAAGCUCAUCCACACAGAAAUAAAACGGUUCAGCUGCAGUGUUUGUAACAAAAUGUUCAGCUGGGCUCAUCAUGUCAAGAGACAUAAAUGUGUUGGUGUUCAGUCCUCACAGUUUCAAGAGAUUCAGACUGAGGGGAGCAGAGAGACAGAGACUCCAGCCAGCAGCACAACUGAACACAUGGAAACAGAAGCUGAUGCAGAGGACUGUAGAGGACCAGAACCAGACAGAUAUUCAAAACUAGAUGCUGAUCAAAUGACUGGAGACUCUUCUGAAACUGAUGACAGUGCUGAUUGGAAAAAGACCAGGCAACACCAGUCAGUGUCCCCUAACUGGAGAAAUGAAACAGUGACUGUAAAUGAUGGAUUUAACACCAACAGGAAACCAUUUAGCUCCUCUGAGUGUCAUCAAAGACCUGAAGACAGUCACACUCUGCUGACAUGCAGUAAUACUCCCACAGGAGAGAAACCACUCAGCUGCUUUGUUUGUGAGAAAAGAUUCACUCUGGAGUCACAGCUUAUGAGCCACCGGUGUGCUGAUGUCCGGCAGCUGUUGGUGGUUAAAGAGGAGGAUCCCUCUGAGCAGCAGGAGAGGAUCUCCACUCUGGACCAGGACCAGGAGGACCAAGAGCUCCCACACAUUAAAGAGGAAAAGGAGGAACUCUGCAUCAGUCAGGAGGGAGAGAAGGUUCAAGGGCUCACAUUCACUCCUGUCCCUGUGAAGAGUGAAGAAGGUGAAGAGAAACCUCAGUCCUCACAGCUUCAUCAAACACAAACUGAACAGAUAAAAACAGAAGCUGAGAGAGAGGACUGUGGAGGACCAGAACCAGACAGGAACUCUGAUCCAGAUCCACAUUUACAACCUGAAACUGACGACGAGACUGGAGAGUCUUCUGAACCUGAGACUGAUGACAGUGCUGAUUGGAAGGAAACCAGAGAACCUCAGUCAGAAGAAUCUUCUGUCAAGGAUUUGAGUUGCAGUACUACUGAGAAACCAUUUAGCUGCAUUCAGUGUGGGAAAAAGAUUGCCACCAGUAGACUCCUAAAAAGACACAUGAAAACUCACACAGGAGAGAAACCUUUCAGCUGCUCAGUUUGUAAGAAGUCUUUUACAGAGAAUAGAUGUUUAAAAACACACAUGAGAAUCCAUACAGGAGAGAAACCGUUCAGCUGUUCUGAGUGUGGUAAAAGAUUUAGUAUGAAGGGGAAUCUGAGGAGACACAUGCUAACACAUACAGGAGAGAAACCUUUCAGUUGUUCAGUUUGUAAGAAAUCUUUUGCACAUAGUGGAAGCCUGCAAACACACAUGAGGAUCCACACAGGAGAGAAGCCAUUCAGCUGCUCCGAGUGUGAGAAAACAUUUGGUCACCAGAAACAUCUUAAGAGACACAUGAUGACGCAUACAGAAGAGAAACCCUUUGGUUGUUCUUUUUGCAGUAAAAGAUUUGCACAUAAUGCAUAUCUGACCCAACACAUGGUCGUCCACACAGGAGAGAAACGAUUCAGCUGCAGUGUUUGUGACAAAAGAUUUGUUAGAUAUUUUCAGCUCAAAACCCAUCAAUGUGUUGGUGGUCAGUCUGGAGAAGCUGAUGGAGAGGACUGUGGUGGAUCAGAACCAGAUGGGAACUCAGAUCCAGGCAAAUAUUUAAUGCUACCUAGCAGCGACAAGAGUUCAAACAUUAGAAAUAAUACUGAAAUCCCUGCCAGUCGGGGGACAGUUUUUACUGAUGAAAAACUGUUCAGGUGCGUUGAGUGCGGUAAAAUAUUUGGCUGCAAUUCACUUCUGAAGAGACACAUAAGAAUUCACACAGGAGAGAAACCGUUCUGCUGCUCAGUGUGUGGUAAAAGUUUUACACAGAAAGGCCAGCUGACACGACACAAAGUUGUCCACACAGAAAGAAAACAGUUCAGGUGCAGAGUUUGUAACAAAAUGUUCAACUGGGCUCAUCAUGUCAAGAGACAUAAAUGUGUUGGUGGUCAAGAAACAGAGCAUCUGGCCAGCAGCUCAACCGAUUAUAUGGAAACAGAAGCUGAUGGAGAGAACUGUGGAGGACCAGAACCAGACAGGAGCUCUGAUCCAGAUCCACAUUUACAACCAGAUACUGACGACCAGACUGGAGACGCUUCUGAACUUGACAGUGUUGAUAGUGAUUUUUGGAAAGAGACCAGGCAGCAUCAGUCAGGUUUCACUUACUGGAGAAAUAAAAAGGUCUCUGGAAAUGAAGGAUUUAAUACUGAAGACAAGAAACCAUCCAGCUGCUCUGACGACGAGGCUGAAACAGAACCAAAGACUGAGGGCAGUGUUGAUGGUGAUAUCUGCAGACCGCUUCAGUCAGGUCCAAACCAUCUGAACACUGAGGACGUCUCUGUCAGUGAAACAGGAAGUAACACUGACAAGACACCAGUUAGCUCCUCUGAGUGUCACCAAAGACCUGAAGACACUCACAGGAGUCCUCCCACAGGAGAGAAACCGUUUACUUGCUCAGUUUGUGGGAAAGGAUUUUUCAAGCGUGAAAGCUUACAUUUUCACAUGAGCUUCCACUCAGGGGAGAAACCUUUCCACUGCUCCGUGUGUAACGCCGGUUUCAGUGACACUGAGGAUUUAAUUCAACACAUGAGGAUCCACAUGAGACAAACACAGUUUAGCUGCUCAGUUUGUGGUGAAGAAUUUGCAUGGAGACGAUAUCUGACCAAACAUAUGGAGGUCCACUCAAAAGAGGAAAACUACAGCUGCCGUGUUUGUGACAGAACAUUCAGUCAACCUUCUGAGCUGAGUUCUCAUCAGUGUGUUGGUGAAUCACAGCUUCAUCAGACUCAAACUGAGGAGAACUCAGCUCUACACAUGGCAAAAAAAACUGUCGAAGAGGACUGUGGAGGACCAGAACCAGACAGGAACUCUGACCCAGAUACACAUUUACAACCUGAUACUGAUGACAGUGUUGAUAGUGAUUUCUGGAAGGAAACCAGAUAAUGUCUCCCAAGUCAUUAAAAAUAAAGAGAUCUCUGACAGUAUUAUAAGAUGUGAUUCUGGAAACAAAGCAUCAAGCUGUUCUGAUGUUCUGAGCGUCUUGAACCUGAGAGUUAUGAGAGUGUUGACAGAACAGAGUCAAUGUUUUCCAUUACUAUUUCUUCUGCAGAGUGUUUUUAAACGUCUUGUUAUCCAGAAGCCAAAGACAUUCAGUUUACUGUAUGUGACAUAAAGCAGCACCUUCACAUCUUAGAAGCUGACAGAAUUUAAUUUUUUGUUUAAAAUGACAGAUUAAUCUGCCAAUCCAUUCAAACUUCUCUCUGAGUUUCUCAUUGUUACUUUUAUAAGAUACAGAAUUGUUUCUGUUUUUGACUUUUGACCUGACAGUUGGGAAAUUAAAACCCAAAUUAUUAUUAUUAUUAUUAUUAUUAUUAUUAUUAUUGGCAAUCAGAAAUGAUUUCCUUUUGCAGCAGGAAACUCUUUUGUUCAGGUUUGAAUAUUGAUCCUGAAUAUUGUUCAAUAACUACAAACAAUCCAAUAAAUACAUUAAAAACGAAA